AUGGCAGCACAGCAACAGCAGCAACAUCCCAACAAACUUGCUUUUGUGGAGGGAGUUACAUACAUCUUCAAGUCAUGGACCGCUCUCAAAUUGGCAGUUGAACAGGAUUGGGGAGGUGUUGAAUCUGCCGAGAAAAGAGAUUGGAUGAUUCAACUGAUGGUCGAUUACUUUGACAAAAACGGGAAAAAGGUUGAGGUGGAUGAAAUUGAAGAUAUCUUGAUUCAAAUCAUGUCAGACGAGUUCCAAACGUUGUUAGAGGAUGAUUCUGCGUACCUGAUCGCCAAACAUCUUGUUUUGAUCUUCAACCAAUGUAUCACUGGUAACUUUACUGAGGUGGUUAAGCUCAGAGAGAAAUUCCAGUCCCAGAACCAGGCAUCUGCCUCAAGUUUUGUGAAGCAAGGAGAAGAGGAUUCUGACGUGGAUGAAGAUGACGAUGAAGAUGAAGAGGAUGAGGAUCAAGACAUGGAGCCAAGGGCACCAAAAGAGCCUGAACAACCUGAUGAAGAUGGCUGGCUCACUGUUCGCCACAAAUAAACUUGUACAAAUUCUUAGAAUAAAUAAUAAUAAUAAUAGUAAUGAUAGUAAUAGU